AUGGACUCAGCCAAAUUUCAAGCAGUAAUUUAUAUCGCAGACGUCGGCCGACGUUCACCCAUCCGGGCGGAGGCCGUUGUCCUUCGGACAAUCGGCAUUGUUACGCCGUCAGGGAUUCCCGGUUCUGAGGUGUCCAACCUCCGUCGCCGACUACUACUAGCUGAUCCUACCUUUGAUCAGCCCGGGAGGAUCGACAUCGUUAUCGGAGCGGACGUUUACCAUCGUGUCAUUCUAGCGGGCACUCGGAGAAUUGGUUCCUUGUUGGCCCAGAAUACGACAUUCGGCUGGAUCUUGACAGGAUCUACUGCGAUUUUAGAGUCAUCAACGAGUCACACCACCCGAGCUCUCGCCACCGCAGUACAUGUGUGCGACGAAGGAAGUCACGAGAAGCUUCUAGCACUAGUGCAACAUUUUUGGGCUCUCGAGGAAGUUCCGUCGGUCCGACGAAUCUCAGCUGCCGACCGUGAAUGUGAGGCACUUUUCACUCAAGGAGUCCGACGAACAUCUGACGGACGAUACACUGUGAGACUCCCUCUGAAGUCGGAGAAGAAGGCCCUCCUAGGAAGCAGUCUACCCCACGCGCACUCAGCUCUCGUUCCUAUGCAGCGACGAAUGCGCUCUGACCCCGUUUUACGCGACAGUUACUGCCAGUUCAUGGAGGAGUAUGAGCAGUUAGGUCAUAUGAGAGCACUGACCGCCGAGGAAAUUCGAGAGGACUCAGGGACAGUAUUCUACAUCCCACACCACGGCAUCUGGCAGCGCAGCGACGGAGAAAACAAACUAAGACAACUCGGCGAGGACGAAGGACAUCGGUUUCCACUGGCCCGCGAAUUACUUAAGAGAGACCUUUACAUGGAUGAUUUUUUGAGUGGUAGCCAUGACCUCGAGACAGCAAGGAGCCUUAGAGAUCAGCUUAUCGGCCUGCUUAGGGCGGGCGGCUUUCAUCUACGCAAGUGGGAGGCCAACGAGCCUGGACUGCUUGAAGACAUACCCGCUGAGGACCGUUUACGGGCAGACUGGGUUCAACUCUCUACCGAUGGACCAGUGUGCGAAUUAGGCGUCAUUUGGGAUCCAGUGACGGAUCGUUUCAAGUUUCGCCCUGGAGUCGUUGAUCCGCCUCCAAGUCUUACCAAGAGAACUGCUCUGGCAGAGCUCGCUGCCUUUUUUGACCCAGCAGGUUGGUUGACCCCGCUGACUCUCGUGGCCAAGAUCAUAAUACAAGAUCUUUGGAGAGCGAAAUUCGAUUGUGACGAGAAACUCCCGGCCAGCUGGCUAAAUAGAUGGCUGACAUUUCGCGACAGUAUCCGAGAGGCUGCAGAAUUCACCAUUGACCGCUGGUUUGGUAGUAUUCCCGGACAAGAUAUGCAGUUGCACGCCUUCGCAGACGCCAACAGACGUGCUAUUGCUGCUGUCGUUUACGUCAGAGCCACCCACAGUGAUGACAAAAUCACUACCACCAUCCUAGAAGCAAAGUCAAAGCUGGCUCCAGUCAAGAGUCUGCUCCCUACCACAGAGAGACGAGCGCGGAUGACCAUUCCGAGACUCGAGCUUCGCGCCACCUUGAUCGCUGCGAUGCUGCUGAAGAACGCCGCCAGCGCACUGUCAGUGCCGCCAAUGAGCUGCCAUCUCUGGAGUGACUCGCAAGAGAUUUCCACGGGCGUCACGUUUCAUCACGUCCCCACUAGCUGCAACCCAGCCGACGUCGCAUCGCGCGGCACAGACUCCACUAAACUCGCACUGCACCCAAUCUGGUGGCAUGGCCCAGACUGGUUGACACAACCAGCAAGCGAGUGGCCACUCGAGGUCAACGACACCGACCGCCUGGAGUGCCAGCAUGGCAGUCACGUGUCUUGUGCAACGGUGCAGAUUGAGGACGAGCCACUGCAUUCUGAGAAGAGUCAUAUCGAUCGAUUCUCCACGCUCGACGGCCUAUUACGAGCUACCACGCGUAUCAUUCGACUUCUGAGACGGCGAGAGACUGCAUUACCAAUGUCACCGAUCACAGCAGCCGAGUUCCGCCAGGCUUUCAUCGCUUGCGCCAGGAUUACUCAACGUCACGUCUUCUCCGAGGAGCUCGCUCAGCUGAGCCGAGGCUACCAACUGAAGAGCUGCAGUCAGACGAAAACUCUCGAGCCAUUCCUUGACAACGAUGGAGUAAUUCGAGUAGGCGGCCGACUUGACCGCUCCUCAUUGCCGUACGACGAGCGGCACCCAAUCCUUCUUCCAGGACCAGCGCACCUCGCCCAGUUAGUCAUCCGGUGGGCACACGAACGCAGUCUUCACGGCGGUUUCAGGGCCACCUACGCUCGAGCCCUGCAAAAGGCAUGGAUUACCGGGGCGAAGGUGAGAAUCAAGCGAUACCUCCGCCACUGCACUGUUUGCGCUCGCCUUGCGGCGAGGAUCUCGCCCCCUCGCAUGGCUUCUCUCCCGCCGGCCCGAGUGUCGCCAGCCAGACCAUUCUCAACUUGUGGAGUUGACUACGCCGGGCCCUUUCAUCUUUGUCGCAACAAGGGACGAGGCGCGUCCACAGUAAAAGGCUACGUCGCGCUCUUCGUCUGCGUCUGCACUAAGGCCAUCCACCUUGAGCUCGUCGGAGACCUCACCAUAGCCAGUUUUAUUGGUGCCCUGCAGAGAUUUAUAGGUCGGAGAGGUCGGCCGGCUGAAAUCUGGAGCGACAAUGGCACCAAUUUCCGCGGGGCCGCCCUUGAGCUCCGCAGACUCCGCAGAGAAGACGAGAUUGAUUGGGGAGUUGUCGAAGGAACACUGGCAAAGGAAGGUAUCAACUGGCUCUUCAUUCCCCCUUCAGCCCCCUAUUUCGGUGGGCUUUGGGAGGCGGGGGUGAAGUCGAUGAAGCGGCACCUCCAGCGAGUUGCUUCACCUCGACGUCUCACCUACGAAGAGUUCGCCACGCUCCUCGUAGCAGUUGAAGCCACUCUCAACAGCCGUCCUCUUGUUCCACCAUCAGGCGAUCUAGGUGACCUUGACGCACUCACACCCAGUCAUUUUUUAAUCGGGACUUCUGCCACGUCUUAUCCCGAGCCUAUCUCUGUCAACGGAAAAUUGGAUCAAGUCAGUCACUGGGCGCUCAUUCAAGCCAUGAGAGGACAUUUCUGGUCCCGCUGA